AUGAAAGCCAUCGCAGGUUCUUACGUAUACUGGCCUGGAAUAGACAAGGAAAUCGAGCAGAUCGUUAAGGUUUGCCAUAAUUGCGCUUUAGCCACAAAAUCUCCAACUAAGGUUCCACUUGCAAGUUGGUAUACACCUACGUAUCCAUGGCAACGUCUUCACGCAGAUUAUGCUGGACCCAUCAACGGGGAAUAUUAUCUAAUCGUUGUCGAUGCCCUUUCAAAAUGGCCAGAAAUUUAUCCGACAAAAACCAUCACAGCUCAACGCACUGUUGAAAUCAUGAAAGAUAUUUUCGCUCGUUUCGAUAUACCGGAAACUCUGGUCACCGACAAUGGAACUCAAUUUAUUUCCAAAACGUUCCAAUCAUUUUGUCUAUCGCAUGGUAUACAGCACUUACGUACACCGCCUUUUCAUCCCAGCUCAAACGGCCAAGCCGAAAGAUUCGUGGAUACCUUCAAGAGGGGAAUCCAAAAACUCACCAGUGGGGAGAACAUUCGUAACCAUUUACCUACAUUUCUCAAACAAUACAGAUCCACACCUAACGUAAACGUUCCUAAUAAAGUCUCUCCUGCUGAGGCACUGAUGGGCAGACCAAUGUGCACGGUUGUGGAUUUACUUAAACCACCUAUUCGAUAA